CAAUUUUUGAAUGCUCUUGCCAUCCACGAUAUUUUCGCGCAAUAACAUCACGUGUUUUGUCGAUAUACAUUUCUGAGAAAGUAUAGAGCUCAGUAACCAAAAAAAUGUAUCUUAUAUACUAUUUAUUUACAUAAAUAAUUAACAGGUACUUCUAAAAAAGUUAGAUCAAUUAUCCUACCAUUGUCUGUUAAUCAACAUACAAAAAAAAAAACAUUUAUAACUACCACAAAACAGGAAAACUAUCAUUAGAGGGAUUGGGAUUAUUGAAUACGAAAUUAAUUAAGUUUUACAUUUUUAUUUUAUUAUCUAAAUAAUAUAACAACUUUAAAUAGUCAACUUUUAGCUUGAGUAAAAUAAUAUGCAAACAUGUCAGGAUAUGAUCCAUCGGGUUAUAGUCUAAUUUCUGCAAUUCGCCUGGGUGAAAUCGAACGAGUAAGAGAAAUAAUAAAUUCCGUUGGCUUGUCUAAUCCACCAUCAUGGCCUUAUUGGUAUAUUUUACUUCGAGAUACUAUAAAGAAAAAUAAAGUUGAAAUCGCUAAAUUAUUACUAUCAAAAGAUAUAAUAGUAAACCAUAAAUGUCCUAAACAAUUGUGGUCAUUUCCACCACUACAUUUUGCAAUUGAAAAUGGGAAUGAAGAACUAGUUGAAUUACUUCUUGAAAAAGGGGCAAAUAUUAAUGCUGAAAAUAGAUUUGGUGAUACUCCACUUCAUACAGCAGUUAAACAUGGCAAAAGUAAAAUAUCAGAAAUGCUUUUAGAAAGAAAAGCUCCUAUUAAUGUUAGAAAUAACAGUUAUUUAACUCCACUUCAUAUUGCAUCAGCAAAAGGACAUUUAAAUAUUGUCGAACAACUUUUGAGUCGAGGAGCUGACGUAAAUAUUACUGGAAUGAAUUGCGAAACUCCUAUUCAUCUAGCCAUUGACAAUGGACACACUGCUAUUGUAAAACAGCUAUUAAACCAUUCAGCUGAUGUAAAUGCUGUAUAUACUUACAUUACAGAUCCUGAUUUAGAAAUAUUUACAAGCGGUUUUACACCUUUGCACCUAGCAUGUGAACAAGGCAAUGAAGAUAUCGUUAAAAUGCUUUUGAAUAAAGGUGCUAAGAUUAACAUUAAAGAUGCCGAUCAUUCUUUACCUAUUUUUUAUGCUACUCAAUCAGGGCAUAUAAACUUGAUUAAAGCUAUACUAGAGCAUCAAAUUUUUACUGACUAUGCAUCGAGUGUUGAAAAUAUGUUACGCGAUGCUGUUAAAAAUGGAGACUUGAUUACAGUUCAUUAUACUUUAAAACAUUACACAGAGUUUCGUAAGCUUGUAAAUCCUAAAACUAAUUAUUUUAAUUUUUUGAACAAUAAUCCGCCUGAUUUGGUUGAUGAAUCAGGUCAAUCUUUGCUUCACCUUUCCGCACAAUUUGGUAAUUUUGAAAUUACGGAAGCUUUAUUAAAUUUUGGUGCAGAUAUUGACAUUAAAGAUAAAAUUGGGAGGACUCCACUUCACAUUGCUUGCCAAGAAAGAUUUGGUCCUGUUAUUGGAAUAUUAUUACGUUAUGGCCCAGAUUUGAAUAUAAGGUGCGAUGAAGGAUAUUUACCACAAGAUUAUUUAUUCAGUUCGAAACUUUACAGUCAACGAUUCAAUCGUCAUAUUAAUUAUGACAAUGAUCCUGAUUGUCUAGUUGGAAACCCUAAAGAUCUUAUUAAAUUAUUUAUUGAACAUGUAAUUAAAUUAAAAACUGCUAAAAUGUUUGUAAGUGACGUAAAUUUACAAUUGAUUAAAAACAAUUCCAGGUUUAAAAAAGUCGAAAAUGAAUUUAAUAUUGAGAGCGAAAAAUUAAAAGUAAAAAAAAUUAGUCAAAAUUUAUAUUUUUAUGAUAUUUUAUAUAAAAAUAUUGAUGAAUUAACAUCUUAUACAAAAAAUAAAACGGUAAUCAAAGUUUUAGAAUCACGUAAAUAUACAAUUAUAUUUCCACACUAUGGGUUUAUUAUAAAAAGUAAAUUCAAACAAAGUCUGCAAAGAAAAUUAUUACUAGAUGAAAGUAUUAAAUCCGUUUCAAAUAUUUUUUCAAAAUUACCUAUUGUUUGUAUCGAAAAAAUUCUGAUGUAUUUGAGUAAUUAUGAUUUACAAGUUUUAAUAGAUGGUGAUUAAAAAUAAUUCAUAAUAUUUGUAAUUUAUUCAUAUAUUUAUAUAAAAUUAUGAGUGUAAA